AUGUCGUAUUAUCAACACAGAACGGCCGGCUAUACCGCCCCACCACCACUCAUGGAACAGAUGCGGCUGUACCACGUGGACAUGAACCCGUAUGGUCACCGAGUGCUGCUGAUCCUGGAGGCGAAGAAGGCGAAGUAUGAGGUGUACAAGCUGGAUCCACUCCAUCUGCCCGAAUGGUUCAAAGAGAAAAACCCUAGGCUGAAGAUUCCAGUCCUCGAAAUACCCACAGAUCAAGGCGACAAAUUUCUCUUUGAGAGCGUCGUUAUAUGUGACUACUUGGACGAGAAGUAUGCAAGGAACCCCCUUCAUUCCCGAGACCCGUACGUGAAGGCCCAGGAUAGACUGUUGAUCGAGAGGUUCAAUGAGCUCAUUAAAGGCAGCUUGGAGUGCUUCGACACUAACUUCGCAUUCGGCAGUGAACAAAUUAUGCAGACCAUUGACGUCUUCGAGAAGGAACUCGCUACGAGAGGUACAAAUUACUUUGGCGGCAAUCGACCCGGCAUGUUGGACUACAUGAUAUGGCCGUGGGUGGAGAGGCUCUACCUAUUGCGAUGUGUCAAUGAGAGGAAGUUCGAUGAGAAGCGAUCAUUAUUUCCCAAUUUCGCUGAUUGGGGUGAUCAAAUGCAACUGGAUGAGGUGGUGAAGAAGCACGCAACCUCUCCUGCUGAAUACUUCGAUUAUUACAAAAACGCCAGAGCGCAUUCUAUGGGCUACUAUAUUUAA